AUGCAUCUUCAGCACAUUCUCGUCAGCAUUCUCGCUGCUUCAGUACCGGCAUCGGGCCAGCUGGACAAGUGGGCAAAGGCAGCAGGGCUCAAGUACUUCGGUACAGCCGUUGACAAUCCUGCCCUAGGCAACCAGGCGUAUAUGAAGAUUGCCCGAGAUGCGGACGAGUUCGGGGCCAUCACGCCUGCCAAUGGCCAGAAGUGGUCGUUGACCGAGCCCAAUCAGGGUUCAUUCAGCUAUGGUAGUGGUGAUGCCAUCACAAGCGUUGCCAAACAGAGUGGGCAGCUACUUCGCUGCCACACUCUGGUCUGGUACAACCAGCUUCCAGGAUGGGGUGCGUUGAAUGGUGCGAGAGCCCAAAUGGAGAAGAUUAUCACAACGCACAUCCAAAACGUCGUCACUCAUUAUAAAGGGCAGUGCUAUGCGUGGGACGUCGUCAACGAGGCCAUGGAAGAUGACGGGACCUAUAGACAGAACCCAUUCUACCGUGCCAUGGGCGCCGACUACCUUCCUCUGGCAUUCAAAGUAGCGGCGGCUGCGGAUCCCGCGGCUAAGCUGUACUACAACGACUUCAACAUUGAGAGGUGCUGCAACGCCAAGAUCAACAGCACGAUUGACCUUAUCAAGCGCAUCCAAGCCGCCGGGGCUCGUGUAGACGGCAUAGGAAUGCAGGGCCACUCACGCGUGGGGAAAUCGCCCAGCAAGCGAGAGAUGAUGGAGACCAUGGCGAGGUUCUCCGAGUUGGUGGACGAGGUGGCCUUCACCGAGGUUGACAUCCGCCACACGCAACUCCCGACGUCGGCAAAGGACUACGAGCAGCAAGCGCAGGACUACAUGGAAGUUGUCGGGGCCUGUCUUGAAACGCCAAAGUGUGUCGGUAUCACGGUUUGGGACUUUACGGAUUCGACUUCAUGGAUCCCGAGUCAAUUCCCGGGAGAAGGAGAAGCUUGUCUCUGGGACAAGAAUCUGGGUAAAAAGCCUGCGUAUACAAGCAUUGUCGGUAUGCUGCAAAGUGCGGCUUCGGCGAAGGCAGUAGCAACAGCCACGCCUUCGCUCACCACGGUAACAACCGCUCAACCAACAAUAACGCCAGCUUAG